AUGGAAGCCUUCACAUUUGCAGUAUCCACGCAGGUGGACUUCCCAAUCACCGUCAAAAUAGGUGCCUUGGAAGGAAAGCAAAAGCAGAUUCCCUUCUCCUUGCAACUGCAGCAUCCCGAGUUGCGCCAUCUCGGCUCAGUCCAGAACCCAACAUCCGACUUAUUCGUGACAGUACAACUAUGGUCUGACUCUAAACCGCUGGGUGUUCCUUUACAAACUUCGUACAAAACGUUCAAAACCGCGCGGGCCUGGAAUGAAUGGCUACCGAUGCCCAUGUCCCUUAAAGAUGCCCCGUUCAACUGUCAGCUUGCUAUAACGAUAUGGGAUCUUUCACCCUUCGGCGGUGACGGUGCGCAGGGCCAUUAUGUCCCGUUCGGUGGUACAACUAUUGCCCUUUUCGACGAGGAAGGCAAAUUGAAGAUGGGGAGGCAAAAAUGCAAGGUUUAUCGUCAUAAAGCAGCAGAUGGGUUUUCAUCAACGACCACUCCAUCGAGUCCGCCGCCAAAGCGUCGCAAAGCAAAUUCCCGAGACGCACUAAGUCCUUCGAUGGAGGAAAUCGAACUAGAGCGGAUUGAGGUUCUCAUCAAGAAACACGAGAUGGGAGAGAUACCGCGAAUUGACUGGAUGGAUCAAAUGGUGUUCCGUCAGUUAGAGAAGCUGAAACUCGCCGCCGAAGAAGCCGGAAGGAAACGGGCCAUUCGACUGAAAGCCAUGAAGCAGAAACCCGCGGCCGAACGUGGAGCCGAAGAGGACGAUUCUGAUGAAGAAGACAUCGACGACGAAAAUUUCACACUUUAUGUCGAGUUUCCUCGGUUCGAUCACCCCAUCGUCUGGUCCGACCACGAAUAUCCGCCACCUCCCAUUUCCGCCUACCCCCAAACGGCCCCCGCAAAUGCCAACUCCACGCUCAAACCAUUACCAGAGGUCCGUUUUGGACCAGGUAUAGAAGGCGCUGAUGGCGAGGCGUUGAUCAGGAUCUAUGAUCCCGAGGCUGGACAGGCUGGUAACCCAUGUGAGGAUAAACACAGGAGGCUCAUACGCAGUCACCGAACUGGAAUCAUGGACCGAGACCUCAAACCAAACCCCAAGAUUCGAGACGAAUUAAAUCUUAUCCUAUCGUACGAGCCAACACAGGACCUCUCCGCGGAAGAGAAGGAUCUUGUCUGGAGGUUCCGAUACUACCUAACGCGCGAGAAGAGGGCGCUUACCAAGUUUGUGAAGUCGGUUAACUGGCGAGAUGUCGGUGAGGCACACCAAGCAGUGGAGAUACUCCCGAAGUGGACAGAAAUCGAUGUGGACGAUGCUCUGGAGCUCCUCGGUCCAACUUUUGACAAUGCUGCUGUUCGUUCUUACGCUGUGGCCAGACUUCGAAAGGCGGAUGAUGAUGAGCUUCUUUUAUACCUCCUCCAGCUUGUGCAGGCUCUCAAGUACGAGGAUACUUCCCAUGAGGAUUCUGACGAUGUAGCACACGAUUCAUUUCUGGCGAAUUUCUUGAUUGCCCGUGCGGCCAACAACUUCAAGCUGGGAAGCUACCUACAUUGGUAUCUCAUGGUCGAGUGCGACGAUGCCAGCCCGAGCACCUCGCCCAUACAGCACAGACUCUUUGCUCGGGUUGAAUACUAUUUCAUGUCCGAGCUAGAGCAGAUCCAUCCAGAGCACAGAAGGACUCUACUACGCCAGGGUGAAUUGGUAGCUGUGCUGUCCAAGAUCGCCAAGGAAGUCCGCUUCUCACGAGAUACCCGCCCCUUGAAGGUUGAGAAGCUGAAGAAGUACUUAAAGGACCCUAAACAUGAUUUGCUGCAUAUUGAUCCCCCGCUGCCGUUGCCUUUGGAUCCAGACGUGUUGGUCACAGGAUGCUACCCGGAGGAAUCAAACGUCUUCAAGUCAUCUCUCUCUCCGUUACACAUAACAUUCAAGACAGCUGAUGGACGGAAAUAUCCCAUUCUAUUCAAAGUUGUUUAUUCCGUCUACCUCCCUAUCCGCUGUGUCCGCUAA